GAGCAUGCCAACACCCGUGUUGUUGUCACGUGGACUUGACCCGGUGUUAGGCAUUUUCACAGGUUGCUUUGCCUAUUACCUCCACGAAACGCAUCCUCGCACCGCACCCCCGCCAGACAAACGACUUGCGGCACUCGUGCAGUGGAAAUGGGCAAAAUGGAAGCGUGAGCGGGAGGAAAAGUUGAAUGCGCUUGAGAGAGAGGCGGAACCAUCUUCCAGAGUAGUCGGUUGAUUCCGGCUCAGUUAAGGUGUAUGGCUGGGAUGUAUGCAGUAAUAGCAGUUGGUAUGUAGCGAUCAAUUCUUAGUAUUCUUUCAGCUCAGUUCUUUGCGUAGCGGUGGAUGCUAUCCGCUACAG